AUGCUCUGUUAUAGAAUCAACAGCUCUGUGAAUUCUGAUACCGCAACCUUCUACACUCCUCCAUACACUCCUUCUGCUUGUAAUGGGUUUAAAAACGAUGGUGUGAUGAUUGCGGCAGCAAGUAAUGAACUUUGGGGCAAUGGAGCUGCUUGUGGAAACAACUACAAGGUUAAGUGCCUGAGUGGAACCAACGCAGGAGUACCUCACCCUUGCAAAGAUAACACAGAUGUAGUUGUGACCAUUGUCGAUUUUUGCUCACCUGGCUGUCAAGGCACCCUUGAUUUGUCACAAGAAGCCUUUGCAAAAAUUGCUGAUCGCAAUGAAGGAAAGAUAAACAUUGAUUUUCAACAGGUCUAA